AUCUUUGAUUUGUCACUCUCAUGUUCCAAAGACUUUACAGCACAUUAUCCAAAAUGCCGGCCUGUAUAGUAGUCAGAUCACACGUGAAUGGUCCUGUUGAAGAGAAGAUUGUUAACAAGUUAUUAGCUCUUAAUCCUACUACUUUGAAAGUGUUCAAUGAUUCCCAUAAGCAUUCCCAUCAUAGAAGCAUGCAAGAAGCUGAUAAUACGGUGGAAUCCCAUUUCAGAAUUGAAAUAGUCAGUGAAGAGUUCAAGGGAAAGGGUUUGCCAAACAGACAUAGAAUCAUCUAUAAGUUGUUGGAUGAUGAGAUCAAAAUAGACAAGGUGCAUGCAUUGCAAUUGAAGACUAAAACCCAGGAGGAAGUAGAGAGAGCAAGUGCUUAAUAGACGAACAGUACACAGCAGAUUACGUCGCUCCUUUCAAGAAGAGAACUUCCUAAUACUGUCAAGGAGCUCAAUAAAUGGGCUACUUUGCACAUUGGAGCCUCUGUUAUCAUCUCAUAUCUCGGGAGUUAUUUUGAAAGCAAUUAUUAUUAACAUAUAUUAAACAAAACACUCUAAUCAGUUAAAUGGAUAUACUAGGUUCAC